ACCCAGAAGAGGCGUAAUUGUGGACGUUCCAAGCAUGGCCGUGGGCAUGUCAAGUUUGUUCGUUGUACAAACUGUGCACGUUGUGUUCCUAAGGACAAGGCUAUAAAGAAAUUUGUCAUUAGGAAUAUUGUGGAGGCAGCUGCAGUCAGGGAUAUAGCUGAUGCCAGUGUGUACGAAGGUGAGAUUGUUAUGUAAAUUUUUUUAAAUAUUGAAUUUUUCUUCUUUUAAAGAUGUUCUGAAAUGACAUACUAGCAACUUUAUAGACUGUUACAGAAAAACAGGGGAAGUUAGAUAAAUUUAUAUAUUUUUGUACACAGAGUUUGAAAUUGUGUCACUGCUAUAUCCAGCUAUUCCAGGAAAAACUUCCUAUGGAAUAUUUAGGCUCUUUUUCCAGGUUUUCCAGGUUGAAAAACUAUAAAACAGUGUGUUGCAUUUUCAUGUAUUUCAAAUACUAACAAGGAUCAUACAGUCUUUCUUAAACCUUAAUAUGUAUGAGUGUUUUUUGUUCCCUUUUUUGCACUUGAGACAUCCGUGGCGUUGCCUUGGUCACUUUCUUUUUUUUGUGGCUUCCAAGUUAUUGUUAUCACCACUUCCAUCACACUUUAAAGGCUCAUACUAACAAAGAUUAUUAAAAUCACAAUUGAAAAGUUUUCAUGGAAGGCAAAGUGGAUCAACCAUAUUCGUUUGCCAUUAGGAGAACAGUAGUUUCAGUGUUAUUCCACAGGUGAUUAUGAAAAAAAAAAAAAAAAAACUAUAAAUUGUGGUCUAUUUCGUCACUCCCAACCUGUCACACAUCAAAGAACAGAUGCAUAAGGUCUUGUACUUAGAUCACUUGGUCAAUAUGCAACCUGCACUUGGCAAAAGUGAAAACUGAACUAAUCUAUAGAAGUUGUAGUAGUCAAGUCAAUGUUUGUUGGCUAGAAAGUUUUAAAUGGCUUAAAAUGGCCAGCAUAAAGCCAAUUGCAGUCAGUGUGCUCUGAAAGAUAAAAACCCCUGGAAUAAUUAUCUCCUGCUGGUUGAUUAUAGGGAGAUACAACAAUGUAGGAAGUAUUGUGAGACCAAUCAGAUGGCUUGCAUCUCUUUAUUCACCUGAGCAAUGAUACCAAAAUGAAGUUAGAUAAUGUGGCAGCACCACAGAACAGAUCUCCUUCUAGACUACAGUGGUUUAUGAACUUUUCACAGACUACAAGGAAAGCCUUUGACACGCAACAAUGUUCCUGUUGCAUUUGUUUCCCUGUCAACUGACAUUUAGUCAGUAGUAAUUGUUUAUUCAUCAUUUGAGACUGAACCCCUAAAUCAAAUCCUGAUGCAAAAUUUUAAAAGACAAAUAAACUCAAAUUAAAAAUUCUGUCAAUUGGUUUGGUGGUUUGAUGGUGUGGUGUAUAUUUGUAACUGUAAACUUGAUCUGUAAGGACCAUAAUCCAGAACAAGUGGUAAAGUGGUAAAAUUUCUUGACAAAUUCUUCCAAAACACUGGUGACUUUAUUUGAAUUUAUUUUUUCAGUGUAUGCUCUUCCCAAACUGUAUGUGAAGCUUCACUACUGUGUCAGCUGCGCAAUUCACUCCAAGGUUGUGAGGAAUCGUUCCAAGGAAAACAGAAAAAUCAGGGUCCCUCCUCCAAGGUUCCCACGUAGGGUAAGUAUCUCUUGAUGUUCUGCCUCGAGCAAUACCUCUAGGAUGGGUACCUUCAAAAAUGAGACAUUUCAAGCAGGUCCUUGUGACAUUUUACAACUAAAAGAACCGAUAUACCUGUAUGUCGAGUUAGUCAUUUACUUUAUGUGUUGUUAUCUCCAGCUCUUACAGCCAUUCUUGUCUCUCCAAGUCUUGCUAUUUAGAUGUUAGCAAACUGUUACUGAACAUUCCAAUUAACAAGUCUCCCUUCUCCCACUCCCCCUCCUCCCCUCCCCCAAAAAUGAAGGGAAAAAACGGAAGAAACUUCACCUUCCUACAAAAAGCAUAAUCAAUUAUCUUGAGCUUAAUUUAUGGAUGAACCCUUGGGCCUUUAGUAAGGGUUUUGUUGAGAGAGAACUGACUAUUAAAUGAUUACUCUGCAUUUUUAUUGUUUCAUGACACUUUUAAAGUUUCAGACAGACGAAACAUGACUCGAACAAUUGCAAAUUACUGAACACCAGAAUUUUAGUUUUUGUUUGAGUUAUUGUUUGUUUCUUCUUAUCAUUUUAGCCUGACAAUCCUCAAGGGCAGCGUCCAGGAGGUGGUGUUGGACCACGACAAACUACAUCAUCGUAA